AUGAUAGAGGAUACAAUGACUUUGCUGUCUCUGCUGGGUCGGAUCAUGCGUUACUUCUUGCUUAGACCGGAGACCCUGUUCUUGCUGUGCAUCAGCCUGGCCCUGUGGAGUUAUUUCUUCCACACGGAUGAGGUGAAAACCAUUGUUAAGUCCAGCAGGGAUGCGGUGAAGAUGGUGAAGGGCAAGGUGGCCGAGAUCAUGCAGAAUGACAGGCUCGGGGGGCUAGACGUGCUGGACGCAGAGUUCUCCAAGACCUGGGAGUUCAAGAGCCACAACGUGGCUGUCUACUCCAUCCAAGGCCGGAGGGAUCACAUGGAGGACAGGUUCGAAGUAAUCACUGACCUGGUGAACAAGACUCACCCCUCCAUCUUCGGGAUAUUUGAUGGGCACGGAGGAGAGUCGGCAGCAGAAUAUGUGAAGUCCCGUCUGCCUGAAGUCCUAAAACAACAUCUUCAAGACUAUGAGAAAGACAAGGAGAACAGUGUGCUGUCUUACCAAACCAUCCUGGAACAGCAGAUUUUAUCAAUUGAUCGAGAAAUGCUGGAAAAAUUGACUGUAUCCUAUGAUGAAGCAGGUACAACUUGUUUGAUUGCACUGUUGUCAGAUAAAGAACUCACAGUGGCCAACGUUGGUGAUUCGCGAGGAGUCUUGUGUGACAAGGAUGGGAAUGCUAUCCCCUUGUCACACGAUCACAAGCCCUACCAACUGAAAGAGAGGAAGAGGAUUAAAAGAGCUGGUGGUUUUAUCAGCUUUAACGGCUCCUGGCGUGUUCAGGGGAUCCUGGCCAUGUCCCGCUCGUUGGGAGAUUACCCUCUGAAGAACCUGAAUGUUGUCAUUCCUGACCCCGAUAUUCUUACCUUUGACCUGGACAAACUGCAGCCAGAGUUCAUGAUCUUGGCGUCGGAUGGUCUGUGGGAUGCUUUCAGCAACGAGGAAGCUGUCCGAUUCAUCAAGGAACGCUUGGAUGAACCACACUUCGGUGCAAAGAGUAUAGUUCUACAGUCCUUUUACAGAGGAUGUCCUGAUAAUAUAACAGUGAUGGUGGUGAAGUUCAGGAAUAGCAGCAAAACAGAAGAACAGUAA